CCGCCCGCCCGUCCGUCCUGCACGGCACACGCGGCCCCAGGAACAUGCUCUCCGGGCUCUGGGCGUCCCUGGCCUCUUGGCUGCCCAGCUUCCCCAGCCUGGCCUGGGCCUCCAGCCUGGCGGACUCCCUCUUGCAGGGGCUGGUGAGCGCCUGUGCCGUCUCGGUCCUCUGCAGCCUGAUGAAGAUCUUCCUCUACAUCCAGUGCUUGAACGACCCCGACUGGCAGAAGGAGAAGGAGGCGAUCCGGCGCCAGUGGUCGCUGCUGGACCAGCUGCACCUCCUCGUGCUGAGCGGGAUCUUCACGGUGGUCGGGCACCGCGUGGCCGCGCUGGUGGUGCUGGAGUUCUCCCUCCGGGCCGUCUCCACCAUCCUCUCCCUGGAAAAGGGGGAGCGCAGCAGCCAGCUGUACCUGCUCUGCCAGUACUCUCUGGGCUGCGGCAUCUCCUGCGGCCUCAGCUACCUGCAGGAGGGGGCCCCGCACCGCACGUGGAACCUGCUGCUCAGCGCGGGCCUGGCCGCCGUCCUGACGGGCUACGCCUGGCGCCUGGCCCGCCAUGUCUUCACCAUGUACGAGCUGCACUGCGGCGAGCGCUACUGUGGGGCCUGCCUCUUCCUGCUGACCACCUGGCACGGCAUCCCCCGGCUGCUGGGCAAGGCCGUCGGGGUCAGCUUCGUGGUGGCCGACCUGGCCGCCGUGGCCCUGAUCAACCGCGACUUCCUCACCACCUCCGAGGCCGUCCGCUUCUGGACACCGCUCACCAUCUGCUACACGCUCCUGCUCAUCUACAUGCAGGAGGAGCAGCGGCAGAACCCCACCGAGCAGAUGGCCUACCAGACGGUCGUCGUCCGAAUGGGAGGCCUCCUGGUCCUGCUGAUGACUGUGGGCCGCUGGAUGGACAUCGUGAACGUCCUCAUCUCGCUCGUCGGGGAGGCCUGGUGCCUGGCCCGGGCCAGAGUCAUGCUGGACGUGUGCCGAGGGCAGGAUUAUUCGCAGAGAUUCUCCCGCUCGGCGUCUGUCUCCCGCAGGGACCCCCGUCUUCAUGACCAGCACCCUCCAUCUCAGCCGGCAGCCACGGCAUCCUGAAGCAGAGGCCCGGUGGAGGAAGCUGGCGGCGGAAUCCAGUGCCUGGCAGUCCUGGGGGACGGGGCAGCUGGCGGUCCCUGGGACAGGUCUGGCCCGCCGCAUGGUGUCCUCGAUCUGGCAGCCUCGGCCUGCUUCAGGCCCCUCAAGGGCAGGCUCACCCCCGGAAGACGCGUUCGGUCUCGAUCGGUCACUGAACGGCGGUUCGUUUGCUAGUGGCUACCUUGCCUUUGUCCCGUUAAGCUGCCUCCUUUCUUCGUAACAUCUCUGGAAUCGGCCGCUCUGGGUUCUCCUGGGGCAGCUGGAGCUUGGCCUCCCAGGCAUCCUCGGCAGGAUG